GUCAUCGCCGCGCGCGGCAGCAUGGCGGCCGCAGGGGUAGCGCCGGUCCGCGCCCGGUUCCUCGCCACCAAGGAGCAGUUCCACGCCUACCUGCGAGCCAGGGGCGAGCCUGAGGGCCGGGGGGGUGCUGAGGGUGAAGAGGAGAAGGAGCAGGAGGAGGAGGAGGAGGAGAAGAUAGAAGAGGAGGCUGGCAGCUGCCAGGGCGAGCCCCCAGCCAAGCGGGUGAAAUUGGAGGACCUCGGUCGGGAUGGGGAGAGCCAAGAGGAUGCUGGAGCCGAGGAGAAGGAGCCUGGGGGGAGCCGAGAGGAUGCUGGAGCCGAGGAGAAGGAGCCUGGGGAGAGCCGAGAGGAUGCUGGAGCUGAGCAGAAGGAGCCUGGGGAGAGCCGAGAGGAUGCUGGAGCCGAGGAGAAGGAGCCUGGGGAGAGCCGAGAGGAUGCUGGAGCUGAGCAGAAGGAGCCUGGGGAGAGCCGAGAGGAUGCUGGAGCUGAGCAGAAGGAGCCUGGGGAGAGCCGAGAGGAUGCUGGAGCUGAGGAGAAGGAGCCUGGGGAGCGCCGAGAGGAUGCUGGAGCCGAGGAGAAGGAGCCUGGGGAGAGCCGAGAGGAUGCUGGAGCCGAGGAGAAGGAGCCUGGGGAGCGCCGAGAGGAUGCUGGAGCUGAGCAGAAGGAGCCUGGGGAGCGCAGGCGUGCCCGGGGGCAGAACAAGAGCAGGCCCUGCAUGAAACCCAACCACUACGAGCAGAGCAGGCUGUGCCCGUCGGUGACGCAGGGCUGCGCAGAGAAGUGCUACUUCGGCUCGCGGUGCCGCUUCCUCCACGACGUCGGCGCCUACAUGGCCACCAAGCCAGCGGACCUGGGCAGCAGCUGUGUGCUCUUCCAGACCUUUGGCAAGUGCAUUUAUGGGGCCACCUGUCGCUUUGCCCAGGCUCACCUUGGUGAGGGCUACCAGAACCUUGUCAACACCGAGCUGGCCAAGCAGUGGGAAGGGAGGUCGCUGGUGAGGAACAACCUGUCCAAGGAUCUCCAGCAUCGGCUGCGCAAGAGGAAGUUUAGCUUCAGGAAGGCUGAGGAGUACCUGCGUGGGCUGAGCAAGCCCCAGGGUGGUGGCAGGAAGGGAGGCAAAGCCACAGAGAGCUCUGUGGAAGAGCAAGAAGUGUCCAACUGCGCAGCACCCCAGGAGAGCCUGGGAGAUGACCUCCAGCCUCCUGCGCUAGCGGAGCAGGGAGAGGAUCCCAACGCAGAUGGCUUGCAGAGGCCUGACCCCACAGGCAGUGAAGAGGUCUCCUCCAUCAAAACUAUAGGCCCAGUGACAGAUGAAGACAUGAUAAAGCUGAGGUCAUGUGAGAAGAGGAAGCUGGAAAUCCAAGGCAAGCUCUACUUGGCUCCACUGACCACGUGUGGGAACCUCCCUUUCCGAAGGAUCUGCAAAGGCUUUGGAGCUGAUGUCACCUGUGGGGAGAUGGCUGUGUGCACCAACCUGCUGCAGGGCCAAUCCUCUGAGUGGGCCCUCCUCAAACGCCAUCACACUGAAGACAUUUUCGGGGUGCAGCUGGAGGGAGCAUUUCCAGACACCAUGACCAAGUGUGCAGAGCUCCUGAACCAAACGAUCGAAGUGGACUUUGUAGACAUCAAUGUUGGGUGUCCUAUUGACCUGGUCUACAAGAAGGGAGGAGGCUGUGCCCUGAUGAGCAGAGCCAACAAGUUUGAGCAGAUCGUCCGAGGGAUGAACUCGGUGCUGGAUGUGCCACUGACUGUGAAGAUCCGGACAGGGGUGCAGGAGAAGAUGAAUGUGGCUCACAAAAUCAUCCCCAAGAUCCGGGAGUGGGGAGCAGCCAUGGUCACGCUGCACGGCCGCUCCAGGGAGCAGCGCUACACCCGCAGCGCCGACUGGGACUACAUCGCCGAGUGUGCCAGGGCAGCCAGCCCCAUGCCUCUCUUUGGAAAUGGAGAUAUUUUGUCUUAUGAAGAUGCUAACCAAGCCAUGCAGAUGGGUGUCUCAGGAAUUAUGAUUGCAAGAGGAGCACUCAUCAAACCCUGGCUGUUCACUGAGAUCAAGGAGCAGAGGCACUGGGACAUCUCCUCCAGAGAGAGGUUUGAUAUCCUCAAAGACUUCACCAACUAUGGCCUGGAGCACUGGGGGUCAGACACUCAGGGAGUGGAGAAGACCAGGAAGUUCCUGCUGGAAUGGCUCUCAUUCCUCUGCAGGUACAUCCCAGUGGGGCUGUUGGAGCACCUACCUCAGAAGAUUAAUGAGAGGCCACCUUACUACCUGGGGAGGGACUAUCUGGAGACACUGAUGGCCAGCCAGAACGUGGAGGAUUGGAUCAAAAUCAGUGAACUCCUACUGGGACCAGUUCCUACCAACUUCACCUUCCUGCCCAAACACAAGGCCAACUCCUACAGAUAGGGCUGCUGAGGCCCUGCUCUGUGGCAGCAAGGCAAGAGGAGGCUUUAGGAUGGGAUGUGUCAAGGAGCUGCUCAGCAGCACCCCAGCUGAAAUAAAGUUUUAUGUUUUUAA